ACACUCCCCAGAUAGCAAUGUCCGUUGGGCCAAUGUUGGACCAACAUUGGCCAGCAUUGAGCCUACGUUGGCCAAUGUUGGCCCAAUGAACAUUGCUAUCAGGGUCACUAUCCAAGUGUGUUCUACAGCUAAGCAUGAUAAGCCAUGCUCAAUAUGUACAACAACUACUAGUGUUUGGAUCGACGGAAAUUACACAAAUUGUAUCAGUACAUCUGGUAACAUUUAUCAGUUGUCACCGAACAAAUGUCCAGUAAGCAAUGCUAUCGUCUAUAUCACCAGAGCCUCGAAUUCAGCUAGCUUGCUUUGGGAUCUAAUAUUGGGCAGGAUGACGUUCAUUAACAAACUCAGCAAGCCUGACCAUGUUGAUCCUAUGAGUCGCCUCAUAACUAAGAGCAAAAAACUGCAUCCUACCCUGUGUACUCUAGGUGCUUGCGAUCAUUUGUUUUGUCGCGAUUGUUGCACAUCCUUCCUGGGUGCAGUUUGUCCUGCCUGUCAGAUACCUGCCCAUGUGAAGGAUGCACAGGUGAACAGGCAGCUGUCCAACCUCGUCAGCCUCUGUAAGGAGCUGGGGCGGAUUCUCACCUGUAAUCAAGACAAGACCGGAAGUGGUACCAUUGCACAGGAUGCAGACCAGUCAAUUCAAGAUCUGCAAGAGAGCACUCCACAGUCUUGGCAGUUGAAGCUGUUGUCCAACACAACAGCCACAGUAUCUGUCAACAAGGUCAAGGUCACAGGUCGGGGGGAUCAGACUCUAAGUGAUGAAACAGGAUCUCAUGUCGGGAGGAGCCUGAGAAGAAAGAAACAGACGUCCAAACCAACCAGAUUGCGACAGUCCGUGGAAACAGAACAGAGGGAUGAUGACGGAACCAGAGAGACCAGGUCAGGUCGCAGCAGGUCAAGGAGAGGUCAAAGGAAGACACAAGAUGCACCUGUGGAAGAUGGGGAUAGUGGAGGGAAGACGAUGGAUGGAGGUGCUGAAGGGAAGGUGGAGAACUCCCGGAGUGUCUCCAGAAACAGACGUGGAGAUAGGAAUGAGUCUGAAAAGAAGCUGAGAGGCGUUCCACCUUCAGAGCAGACGACCUUGACCCAUUUGUAUGAUGAAGCUGUGGAUGAAAGUGGAGGCUCUACUCUUGCUGGAGAGACAGGGCGUGGCCGGAAAAGAGGACGGCCAAGGAAGGGUGUCCAUACACCGGUUAGAGAAGGCAGCAGAAGCAGCAGCAGACAGACAAAGGUUAAACCAGCAGAUCAGUCAACAAUGACUCAGUUCUAUGACUAUGAUGACGAAGAACUGCCACUUUUAGACAUGGAUGAUGAUACUGACAGUAAUGUUACAACCAACAGUAACCCAGGAAAAUCAGGUCCAGCCAGAAAAGCAUCCAAGGAAUCAAGAAAUGGACGUGGAAGACCUCAUAAACAGACCUCUAACCCAAGCUCACCAUCCAGUUUCGGAACGCCAGAGUCAGGAGAGACUGGUCAGUCUGCAGAUCAGAGGAAGAGGGGAAGGAAGUGUGUGAAGAGCAAGGAGAAGACCUCACCCGUGUUUCAGCAGAGUCCAAGGAAGAAAGGGAAGAGGGACCUGGAUUCUAGCUUAGUGGAGUCAAACACAGGACACUCCAGGCUCAAUGCUCGUGGGGAGACUCAACUACAUGUGGCAGCCAUUAAGGGUGAUGUGGACAGAGUGAUGACAUUGCUGGAAUCUGGUGCAGGUCCCAACGUCCGUGACAACGCAGGCUGGACUCCACUGCAUGAAUGUUGUAACCAUGGCCAUGCUGCCAUAGCUGAGAUGUUGUUGAACCACGGCGCCAUGAUCAACAUCCCAGGCAUGGACAACGACACCCCUUUACACGACGCUGUUGACAACUACAGACUGGAUGUGGUGAAGCUGCUGGUGUCCAGAGGAGCUUCCAUUACUACCAGAAACAUGAAGGGGCAGACCCCACUGGACUUGGCCCAAACUGAUGAGAUGAGGCAGGCCCUGAACACACCUGUGUCCGCUGGACCAAGCCAGACUGAUGUUCCUAUGACUCCGUGUGAACAGGAAUACUUGCCACUCUGCUUCCUGGGUACAGCGCUGUCGCGGGAUCAGGGCAGGACUCUUCACAAAUGUGCAUCUCUGCUCCAUGCUAAGGUCGUGGGUCGGUUUGUCCCCGAAGUGACCCAUGUGAUCACGUCAUGUAAUCGGCAAGGCCAGUGUCCCCGUACACUCAAGUUUCUGAAUGCUGUGCUUGGUGGCAAGUGGAUCCUGUCAGUAGAGUGGCUGGACCUGUGUCUAGAAUACAAGCAGAAGGUGUGUGAGGAGGCCUUUGAGGUCCCGGGGCCCAGCACUAAGCCCGACUCCCACGCCGCAACCAAGGGCAGGCUGAACAGGAGGCAGCAGCUGCCUGGUUUAUUUGAUGGCUGCCAGUUCUACUUCUAUGGAAGUUUCCACGAGCCCACUCCUCACAAGGAGGACCUCCAGACCCUGGUCAAGAGUGCUGGCGGGAAGAUCAUCUCACGAGAACCCAAGCUGCAGAAUAUCGAUGACUACGACCAAACUGUUCCCUACCACGCUGAGUCCACCAGUGCCCUGAAGGACUGCAGUGUGUUUAUCAUUCAUGACAAGAGAGUGUCGUACCCUGCCAUCAACUUGUCUCGGAUGUGUGUGCUACCCGCCAACUGGAUAAUGGACUCCAUUGCUUCUUUCCGACUCUGUGAUCCAGCAGUCAUGUGAUCAACAUUGAGCGAGUUGAGUUUAACACUCUUUGAUUUCUGUUUGAUUGAUGCUCAUGCUGUUGAUCACUGGUUUAUCUGGUACAGACUCAAUUGUUUUCAGAGUGCUGCCAUACGGUUAAACGUACAAAACGUGUAUCAUCAGCUACAUAUUAUGAACAAAGUAUGCAUUUAUGCACCAUUUUAACUGUGCCCUGUGAUCUACAAGAUCAGUACGCAGUUACAAGUACAGUGGAAUCUGUCUAUUACGGACUGGCUUGGGACCGACACAUUUGUUCGGAUUGUAAAGCGGUCCAGAUUAGACAACUACUGUCCAUUACCGUGUUGACUGCCACGAUGAGUUACCUUCCUUUGUUAAGGACAACCAACAACUUGAAUCGUUCUUUUUGGUUUUUUAUUUAUGCUCAAUAUAUUAUUUAUACUUUCAUUGGAAAAAGUCUGUUAACAUGAAUUGCUUCUGCCUCUGUAAAUUUCCAUGUAAUACAAUGUUUUCAGUCAUUAA